UCAUGAUGAAGUGCUUCAUCUUCUUUGCUCUUGUUGCCGUGGCAGCCGCCUUUGUUCCAGUAUACAUCCCAACGAGGGACCGUAUUCAAGGGCGCUAUAUCGUAGUUCUCCAAGAUGGUGUGAACGCUAACUCGGUCAUCGACCGUUUCAUCAGGAAUGUCACUGUCGAGGCCAACGUCAAGACAACCUUCGAAGCCGUGUUGAAUGGAUUCGUGGUCGAGGCCGACAAAGACGGAAUCGCUCUGGACCUGCUCCAAAUGCUGCCUGGAGUCAAAUACAUCGAGGAGGAUUCGGUGGUGAGGGCAGCGGGUGGACAAUUGAUUCAGACCAAUUCUUGGGGCCAAGACCGAAUCGAUCAGAGAGACGUCCAAGGUGACUCUAGGAUGAUCCUUGAGGGUUACGGAACCGAGACCCACAUUUACAUAAUUGACACUGGAAUCAACGCAGACCAUCCUGAUUUCAGUGGCCGCGCAUUUAAUGUCAAAGAUGUGAUCGGUGGUGAUGGUCUUGACUGCAACGGACAUGGUAUGCAUAUGGCUGGAAUUGCCGCAAGUGAGACGUACGGCAUUGCUAACAGAGCUAAAGUAUAUGGUGUUCGUGCUCUCGACUGCGACGGUCUGGGCACUAUGGCUGAUGUUAUCAGUGGCCUCGAAUGGGUAGCCAACUCUGGCAUCCGUCCUUUGCUCAUAUCCAUGGCCUUGGCAGGACCCAACAGUCAGGCUAUGAUCGACGCUAUCGCCGAGGCGCACCAGAGAUCAUCACUCGUCGUGGUUGCUGCUGGUAACGCCGAUGAUGAUGCCUGUAAUACAUCCCCAGCCAAUGCUCCAGAUGCUCUCACAAUCGCUUCAUCUACUGUUGAUGACAGCCGAUCAUUUUUCUCUAACUGGGGAGAGUGCGUGGAUCUGUUUGCCCCUGGCUCCAAUAUCAAGAGUCUUGGUGUGGACGGAGAACCUUCUACUUUCUCUGGAACCAGCACGGCCUGCGCCCAUGCUAUUGGUGCUGCUUCGGCAAUCAUGGAAAAUCAGCAUAGCCAUGUAGGAGUCAUUGAACAAAUGAAGAGAACCGCGUCUAUGGACAAGAUCUCUGACCCGAAAGGAACCCCCAACCACCUGGUUUACGCUGGCCUGUAGUAAAGUCUUCUCCUUUUGUGACAGACGUAAUUUGAACCUCGUAAUCAAUACAGAAUUACCAUGACAACUAUGUUGCAUAUUCAAUUCCGUCUCACGGUAUACGUUAAUGAUUAUGGACAAAAAGUAAGGGGAGUGUGUGAAGAGCAUUAAUA